AUGGAAGAUCUGGUCAGCCGCAAUACUCAGACGGAACAUUGUGUUUGGACAGGGUCGCCUCUUAUCGAGCCCGUACCGGAUUUCAACAACUUCAUAAGUCAGAACACCGUCAAUGAAUGUGGGACGGACAUAUCUGCGAAUGAUCCCGACUCUACUUACCCAUCGUUCUCCCUCUGGCCGGGAAACUCCUCUACUUCGUACCAUGAUGUUUUAACAUUUCCCGAACCGCACGAUGCGGCAUCCAGGUACCUCUUUUCGGACGGGUUUGCCUCAUCCAUACAACCACAACCUUCUUUUGAGAGCGAGUAUCGGGAGCGACGGGGAGCGCAUCAAGUCUGUCAGGUCUUGCUAGAGGAAUUUGCCGGGCUCGAUUGGGCGCGUAGCACCUUGCCGACAAACGCGCCUGAAACUGAAUCGAGGCCCGGACAGACACUCUCGGCUCCAGCCUGGUGCGCUGGAUUAUCCGUUCCGGUUGACUGGGCGUUGGUGGCCGAAUCAACUCAAAAUGCCCAGCAAACGCUGAACGAUACGACCGGAUUGGAGUACCACCCUUGCUUCAAGACCGACCCUCUGCCAUGGAUGUCGUCAAAGCAGACGCUCUUUGCCGAAGUCGCUCGAUUUUUUACCGAGUCUUUCGAACGGUACCCUGUUAUCCACCUAGACACUGUAUUGCGCAAACUCGACGACGAAGUCCACUUGAAGGACGUAGAGUUCCGCACUCUGGUCUUGUCAAUUAUCAUGAUGAACCGCGCCAGGCAGUUUCGAGCUGAACACUUGAACUCAGGGCUGGAACGGGAACAGCUGAAAUCUCUCGCAUCGACAAUUGAAAUGAUCCGAAGAACGAAUGAGAUGAAUUAUGAUUUCUCGGAAAAGCCCUCACUCGACACGGUGGUGGUGUCAUCCUUCUUAUUCAUGGCCUAUAUCGCCCUUCGCCAGCAUAAUCGCGCAUUUACCUACCUGACGGAGGCUAUUGGACUCUUGGAUAUGAUAGAAACUUUGCCAGACUCAGUCGAGGUCGCGAGAAUGCUGCGCCUGGAACACAUACUCUUUGUUACCGAGUCGGCUACGAUCUUUAUCUUCGGAUGGCGACGUCGCAGGCUGGCUAGGUACCCAUCUACUCUAGGGCGUCAAGGUCACGAGGCCAUGAAAUUGACGCUUAGUCCUUCGCUACCACUGUCUCGAAUGCACUCGUGGAAUGGUUUUUUCCCCGUGGAUUUUGCAGAGCUCGAUAGGAGGGCUCUGAAGCUAUUACUUUCCAUGACCCGACUUUUUACCGCGUCAGGAUUGGCCGAAGCCGAAAUCAUAUAUGAUGAUGAUGGUAACCUCAUCCGAGCAACGACCUCAUGCGGAGGAGAUGCGAUCGACGAUGUUAAUGUCUCAACAAGCGGUUGUGAUGGAUAUGGCUGCAUCUCGACGCAAUCUGCAGAUGUGAUUCUCACACAACAGUGGCGCCUGGCGUUUCACUGGCACAAGGCUAUUCAACGAGGCUAUCAGCCGCAGUGUUUCGCUGGUCUGGACGAGAAAAUCCAAAAGCUGUCAUCAGCCACCAUUCGCUUGAGCCGAGCAGUUAGUCCGCAGCAAUUUCGGAUCAUUGGGCUGGGUAAGAUUCUAGCGUUAACGGACAGCAUCGUCUCUAUCACGAUGGCAGUUGGCGCCUCAAUAACCACUCGCGUUGGCGUUGUCGGAGAGCUAAUGCGGUUGGUGGCUGAUGCUGACUAUGAGCGCAACUUUUCGGCGCAGCUCAGCUCGUUAGAGCUUUAUGUGAGGAAUAUACCUCGAUCACUACACCAGGAUCCAUUCUGA